AUGAUAAUUAUUCAUUUCCAGAUCUCUACCUCAGUCUCACAAAUUAUUUACUUGAUCCUGCCUACCAGUUCGAACAACACUGAUUGUAUAGUAAUUAUGGCCAACCUAUCUGAUAUACGAAGAGAUAUUCUCAAUGACAUUGCAAAACGAAUUGUCAUCAAAGUGAAAACCCAAAGCCUGGAUUCUCAGCACUAUCUCGCUUCAGCAAAUAAAGUUAUCUGCGAGGUACUUCCUGACUGGGAAAGCGAUCCUCGCAUCCGUUUUCCUGUCAUGGACGUGUGGAGUGAACGGACCUUCAUUGUCCUCGACAUCAAUCAUCAUGAGUAUGAUUUCGGCACAGAGCACAAAACCAAGACCAUUCUGCCAGUUUUUGUACUUUCGCAGCAUGGGAAAAGAAAGGACUGGGAUUUGAUCAGAUGGCCUAAAGAAGAUGAAUCGCUUGCUGCACAGUUGGCAGACCUCCACAAUGUCAAUGGGUUUGACGCACCACCUUUCCUCGAAAACCACAACUCACGCAUUGUACAUGCCAGCCCGCGUGAGUUUCCUGUUUGA